GCCGAACCCCCAAACUUCGGGAGCGCCAGGCAGCGUGUCCACCUGCGGAACCAGGUUUGGCUGUUCCUGAGCAGCUAGGACUUGGUUCCUGACCAAGACGGAGGAGGGACUGGAAAGGAGAGAAAAGAAGAGAGCCAGACAGCCCAGCUGACCCCUUAUGCUUCCCCAGAUACGAUCUUAAGACUGUAUAUUCUGGAGGUCCCGGCUGUGCCUGUGUUUCAGGAUGCUCUGCUUGUCUGUAAUGUGGUUUCUCAUCUCCCUCCCCUGUCCACUAUGAACUGAUGGUCUCUUUGAGGGACCCAGCCCCUCUGAAAGGCCUCAAAGACCCCCUUGGCCUCUGCCUUCAGCACAGAGUUCAGGGUUCUUUUGUUCAGACGUAUCUGCGAGACUUCCCAGGAGAGCAUCCUUGGGCUCUACUCAUCCCCUGCUCCUAAAGGGAUGGAGGCGAUGGCAGCCAGCACUUCCCUGCCUGACCCUGGUGACUUUGACCGGAAUGUGCCUCGGAUCUGUGGCGUAUGCGGAGACCGAGCCACGGGCUUCCACUUCAAUGCUAUGACGUGUGAAGGCUGCAAAGGUUUCUUCAGACGGAGCAUGAAGCGGAAGGCACUGUUCACCUGUCCCUUCAAUGGAGACUGCCGAAUCACCAAAGACAACCGUCGACACUGCCAGGCCUGCCGGCUCAAACGCUGUGUGGACAUCGGCAUGAUGAAAGAAUUCAUCCUGACAGACGAGGAGGUGCAGCGUAAACGGGAGAUGAUUAUGAAGCGCAAGGAGGAAGAGGCCUUGAAGGACAGCCUGAGGCCCAAGCUAUCCGAGGAGCAGCAGCGCAUCAUAACCAUCCUGCUGGAUGCCCACCACAAGACCUACGACCCCACCUAUGCUGACUUCAAGGAUUUCCGGCCCCCAGUUCGCAUGAAUGGGAGUCAAGGAAGCUAUCCUGCAAGGCCCACACUCAGCUUCUCUGGGGAUUCCUCCUCCUCCAGCUCUGAUCCGUACACCACCUCACUGGACAUGAUGGAACCAUCCAACUUUUCCAACCUGGAUCUGAAUGAAGAGGACUCUGAUGACCCUUUGGUGAACCUGGAUCUGUCCCAACUCUCCAUGUUGCCCCAUUUAGCAGACCUGGUCAGCUACAGCAUCCAAAAGGUCAUCGGCUUUGCCAAGAUGAUACCAGGAUUCAGGGAUCUCAGCUCUGAUGACCAGAUUGUGCUGCUCAAGUCAAGUGCCAUUGAGGUUAUCAUGUUGCGCUCCAAUGAGUCUUUCACCAUGGAUGACAUGUCCUGGGACUGUGGCAGCCAGGACUACAAGUAUGAUGUCACUGAUGUCACCAAAGCUGGGCACACCCUGGAGCUGAUUGAGCCCCUCAUAAAGUUCCAGGUGGGGCUGAAGAAGUUGAACUUACAUGAGGAGGAACAUGUCCUUCUCAUGGCCAUCUGCAUUGUCUCCCCAGACCGACCUGGGGUACAGGAUGCCAAGCUGGUUGAAGCCAUCCAGGACCGCCUGUCCAACACACUGCAGACCUAUAUCCGCUGCCGCCACCCACCCCCAGGCGGCCACCAGCUCUAUGCCAAGAUGAUCCAGAAGCUGGCUGACCUUCGAAGCCUCAACGAGGAACACUCUAAGCAGUACCGCUCCCUCUCCUUCCAACCUGAGAAUAGCAUGAAGCUCACCCCCCUUGUGCUAGAGGUGUUUGGCAAUGAGAUCUCCUGACCAGGGUGGGCCGCAGUGGUGCCUGGGUGGGGCUCCUCCUCCGGGGCCCCGUACCCAGGCUCUGGGCUGGCUGCAGCCCAGCAGUGCCUCCUGCCCUUUCUGGAGUUCAGUGCUUUCACCGCCAUCACCCAUGUCUGUCUGGCCCAUUCUUUCCAUUGCCCAUCCGUCCCCCUUUCCUGCAGACCACAGGUCAGCCCUGUCCCUUGAGACUUCAGUUAUGAGAGACUGCUACUCAUUUGACAAAGAAACUCAGGUGGGAGAAGAAAGCAGAGGCUGCAGGCAGAGCCCUGCCUAGGAAUGUUCCCACUCUGAGGGGAUGCUGCUUGUGUCAAGGGAUGCAGGCAGGAGAAAUGUGCCCAUGCCCCCGGGAUGGCUACCUGUACCUCCCCUGACUCCAGCCCCCAUGCCCAGAGCCUGGUGGGAAAUCCCCUCCCCUGCCAUAAAGGGUACAUGGCCUACCCACAAUCCCCUGCGUCCCACUCAGCCUGCUGCCAGUGUGUGCUAUUCCAUCCCUGGGCAGUAGGGCCUCCAUCCUCUGCCAUUGUAUUCACAGACUCAUUCACUGCCAAGAUGACCGAAUACACUACCACACUGGUCAAUGAGUAUUCACCUAGCACCAUAGUUCCUAUCUUUGAGGUUUUGUCAUGGGAACCCCCAGGCCAGCACCUCUAGGACAGACCUUCUUCUCCAUUACCAGAACCACUGACCUAGAAAACGCCUGAGGAUAGGCCCCAGGGGGUGGAACCCAGGCCCGAGUAACAGAGCUAGCCUCCCAGCAGGACCAUGAAUGGAGACCCCUCUGUCCUUGUCAUCAAGCCCAGGGUCCCCCAGCCUGGAGAUAGUGAGAUCUCUUCUCUCACCUACAGAUGUGUCCGAACCAAAUGUCCCCAACUUUCAGAAAAUUCCCAGCCCUGUCUUCACCCCUGACCCUGCUAGUGCCUUACCACCUGCCUUGGAAAGCGCCUCUUUCUUGGGCCUGACCCCCUGGUCACCAAGGAUGUCCCAGAAGUCAUCUCAGCUUUUCCAACACCCCCAUUUGGAUCAGCAGUGCCCCCUCACUUACUUGGGGGAGCUACCUUUUCUCCACCUGGUAGAGGGGGAUGGAGUAAAACCAAGAGCUACCUGGGUGGGCCUCCAAGCUUGCUUUGCAGAUAGAAAACCAGACAGGAGUAUUCCACACUCAGGGGUUAGGUGGAGAGGUGGUCAGAAUGUGUGGGUUACAGUGAUAUGGGGCCAGUUCCCUCCUGAUUCCCUCAUUCCACCACCCCAAAGUCAGUGGAGACCUGUGGAAUGGACAUGUGAUGGGCUAGGUAUGUAUCUUCAAACUCCAUCUCUUCCUCUGCAGCAGCCCAGCCCGGGAGUUUGGAGCCCUGCCCUUGCUCACCCCCAAGCAUACCCCCUUCUGAUCAUGGGUUGUAGGUGUGCGGGACCCACGCAGAAGAGGUUCUCAUGAGGGGGGCUCACAGAAGGCCCUUCAAAUACACGUUAGAUUUGGGGAACACGGGCACAUUGAAAGCAUCAGUAGAGUGCGAAGGUCAGUGGGAAUUGAGCCCCAGAUGUGUCCUUCUAUCUACAUUUUUUUUAAUUCCCUAAAAAUCCUGGGGAAAAAAUUAACAUUGCAAGAACCAUUAGUGCCCACCUGGCCCUGUGUUUCCCAGAAUUCAAUUGGAAAACAUCUGGGGCCACGUUCCUGUAUUGCAUAACGGCAGUCAGAAGGCUUCAUGUAGGACUCAUUGGAUGAGGGCUGUUUUCAGGGUUAGACUGUGUUCUAACACUGAAGUGGCAACACCUGUGUUAACGAUUUAUGAGUGUGUGUGUGUGUGUGUGAAAAUACUGUGCAUUGAUCAUUGUCACUCCACAAAAAACUAGAGAAACCUUUGAUUUUAGCUGCAGAACACAUUGAUCCAGCUCGCUAUUCAAUGGGAGGGAAAGUUUGAAAAUCGCUAAGCUACUGCAACCCCUUUAUGACGAGAACCUGCCAUUAGAUGAGAGUGUGGCUUACUGGGGCUCUUAUAAGUGGAAACAUCCCUGUGCCCAGCACGUAUAGUCCUGGGCCGAUUUAUAUCAACCCUGUUUCCCACUGCUCUGGUAGUUGACCCAAGAUUUGAGGAAGUCCUGGAUUUUAGAGCAAAACUUCAUCUGGGACUUUCUUUUUCCCCUAAGUAAAAAACCCACUCACCCAUCCAGAGGAGGAUGGCAGGCACUCCGGCCUCCCUGAGUGAGGCCUGGCUUUUGGGCUCUCCACCUCAGCCCUGUGUGUUGCUGUUGUCUUGUCAAUAAUAAUUGUCUGUCUUUGGAACGCCUCCCUCUCUGUCCUCUUCCCUUCCUGCCCUCUCCAUGAAACUAACGGGCCUGAGAAGGCCAGUUACUCAGCCCAAAGGCCCACCACCACUGAGGGAGCCCCCUAAAGGAAGCCUAGGAGCCAGGAGGAAAAUGAAACAGGGCCAGGUAGGGUUGAGAAGCAUCUAGUUUGCUUAUUCUGAACACACAAAGGUAGGCAUUGAAAGAGCUCACACUUCUGAGAGGUAUUUUAUUAGACAUGAAGGGGAAAUGGACAGACACCAAAAUGGAAAAUCAGCAAGAUUUCCUGAGAUAGGCCAAUCCUCCAGCUGUCUAAGUGGAAGAAAGUAGGGAGUCCCCGCCAGGCCAACAGAGAUAAAUGACGGAUAUUGCAGAAGUUAGACAUCUAAAGAGCCUGCCUCCAAAGAGGGAAAAAAUGUUUUCCAAGAGCUUGUCAAAUAAACCAAUGAAAAUGCUUUGCCAAUGGUGAUAAAAGUGGCUCAUCCUUACACAGCAUUUGUGACGAAAACCGCUGUAAAUAAACGCCUCGUGAAAACCAA